CGGGGCGCCGCGCGGCCGCCGUCCCGCCGGGCUCGCGGCCGGCCCCACGAUGGCGCAGGAGCCGGGGCCCGCCUCCUCCGCGCUGCCCGCUUCUCAGACCCUUCUGGACGAUCUGCUCCAGAACCUCUACGACUUUGGAGAGACAGAAGAUGAGGCCAAACAGAGUAGGGUCCGGAAGAAAAGAGAAAAUAAGAAGAGUGACGUGGGGGCCCUGGUGGCCUCGGCUGCAGAGCCAGCUCUGCCACCUGGACCCGCGGUGAGAGGCCAAAGGAGGAGCGCUUCCAGCUUCUUCCAGGAGCUCAGGGAAGAGCUGCAGUGUGCUCCCGCCGUGACCCCCGGUGGUGUGCCUCCAGGACCUGGAGCCUCUCGGGCUGUGGUAGCUCCCUCGCCCCUGAAGAACAACGAGGGGCAAGUAGAAGUGGUGGAAUUUCACAGCAGAAAUAAAAAAAGAAAACAGAAGCCAGAUCAAGAUGAGAACCCAAAGACCAAAACUAGUAUCCUUGAGAAAGAUGUGGAUAUACAAGAAUUUAACUUAGAAAAGGCUCGUUUGGAAGUGCACCGGCUUGGGAUCACGGGUUACGGAAAAGGCAAGGAGAGAGUCCUGGAGCAGGAACGCGCCAUCAUGCUGGGCGCUAAGCCUCCCAAAAACAGUUACGUGAAUUACAAGGUUUUGCAGGAACAGAUCAAAGAAAAAAAGGCAGCAAAGGAAGAAGAAAAGAGAAUGGCCCGGGAGACAGAUAUUUUCAAGAAAAAGAAGAGGAAAGGGCGAGACGACGGGAAAUCCAAAAAGAAGAAGUCAGCUCCCAGUAUUUUGUCAAGUGGACGGAUUGGACAGGUUGGAAGAUUCAAAAAUGGGACGUUGAUUCUGAGCCAAGUUGAUAUCAAGAAAAUAAAUUCUUCCCGAGUGGCUCGGUGAAGCACUCCAUGCACAGAGAGAGAUGGGAAAGUGCCAGCGCGCUGCAGCCGGCCCGCCACGUGCCUGCCCGAGUACUCCUGUUUAUUUUACAUUUCAUAGACUGCUUUUGUAUUCUUUGGGGGAAAAAAAUCAGAUCGAAACAGCAGGAUUUCCAGCCGCUGAAGUGUCUGAUUUUUGGUGGCGGCCACGUCGGGCCGAGCACAGUGCAAACACAGAGUAAAACGGCCACAGAGAACGUGCGCAGUUCUCCAGCGGGGCACGCUCUGGUGCCCUUGCACUCGUGUUUUGUGCGUUUACUUACAGGUAUUUCACACUUUCACUGACUUUUAGAUGCUAAUCAUUAGCUUAAAUUGCUUCUUAAUUUUCUAAAAAGUGAUUUAGUGUCACUAAAUUGUGAAAGGACCAAGAAUGUGAAAAUUUGUCAGUUGUUUCGCAGGAAGAAAAGCAGUUUCAACGUUGAGCCUACCUAAAGCGUGUAAAAGCUCCUUUGUAAGAAGUUGUGUAAAUAAAAUACAACUUUUGUGGUAA